AUGCAGCUCAAGGCCGUUUUCGUCCAGACCCUCCUGAUUGGCGCUGGCCUCUGCCAGGUGCAAGUCAUCCAGAAAGCUCUUCAGGAUAUCACCCAGGGUCUCACACAGCUUGACACUUCGGUAAAGGCCCUCAACGACGCACAGUCCGGCGCCGCAGUUAUCCAGCAGGCCAGCGCGUUGCUGGAUACCAUCAAGAGCUCGACUGUGGCCAUCACGAACGCGCAGGAGCUCACCCUUCAGGACGCCCUGGGUCUGCAGCAGACGGCACAGCAGCUGCCAUCCCAGGCCAAUACCACCAUGAGUGAUCUCGUUUCCAAGAAGUCGGUGCUCGACCAGCUCGGCGCCACCCAGCAGGCCAUUCAGACGCUCAAGGAGCAAAAGGUCGCUUCGCAGGAUCUCGGCAAGGCCGUCGUCACCAAGAUCCCCGCUGUCGGCCAGCAGAUCGCCCAGCAGCAGCUCGACCAGAUCAGCCAGACCUUUGACCAGGGCAUCACUGGUCUGGGCGGCUCGCCCAACAAGCGCGCAGUUGCUCUUGUUGUUUGA